AUGUCAACCAAAGCCAGACGGCGUUUAAUGAAUGACUUCAGAAAAAUCCAGCUUGACCCGCCGCCUGGUGUCUAUGCAGUGCCUUUAGACAACAACAUUCUUAUAUGGCACGCGGUAAUCCUUGGCGCUGACGGUACUCCUUUUGCCGACGGCGUGUUCAAACUUACAAUGGAAUUUACCGAAAACUAUCCUAACGUUCCACCGACUGUUCGAUUUGUUUCCAAAAUGUUUCAUCCCAACGUUUACGCUGAUGGAAGCAUCUGUUUGGAUAUCCUACAAAACAUGUGGUCAUCCUCCUACAAUAUUGGUGCAAUACUUACCUCCUUACAGUCAUUGCUCGGUGAUCCAAACCCGAAUUCUCCAGCAAAUACGGUCGCUGCGGAAUUGUUCGAAGAAGACAAACGGCGUUAUGAAGAACGUGUAAGGGAGAUUGUAGAGGAAUCUUGGCGUAGCGAUGAUCCCAUUGAGGAGGCCUGA